AUGACACGGCAAAAUAAACAAAUAAAUCAUUUAAGAAAGGCUCGUAAUUGUAAAUCUGAUACAAAAAAAAUAUUGGAAAUCACAAAUAUAGUUAAUGCAGUAAACAAUAAUGACCAUCAAGAUCAAGAAAUUAAAAUACAUGAAAAAAGGCUAGAAAUAAAGAGGAUUGAAUUAAUUGAUAAUAUUAAAUCUCUAUCUGAUGAUGAUAUAGUUGCUGCCUGUCAUCUUUUUAAAACUAUGACUUAUCCAAAGGGAAAUCGGGCAGGAAGAAUCCUGUCACCCUAUAUUGUAAAUAAGGUUAAAGAAUUUGUUAUUGAAGGAUUGUAUAAACAAAGCACUUCU